UGCCUGUGGUCAUGUCAGGGGAACAAGACACUGCAAGGGGUUGGAUUUUCACACGAAGUUAAUCCACGGAAGCUUUGCAUUGACUGUGGAGUGAAUUGGUCCUGUCGAUUGCCUGCAAUUUCUAUGAAUCCUGUGUAUCCUGCCACACCUGGGGCUUACCCAGCAACAAGCCCUCCUUUUCCUCCCUCUGGGGGUUCAGCAACACAUACCCCUCCGGGUCUAGGAUUCAAUCACAAUGUAAUUCCCCAGGGAUCAAGUUACCCCUAUACUGCAGCGUCUGCAGGUACUUACAUACCAGGAGUACAGUCUUCUCUUCAUCAACCGCUUUAUAAACAUAGUGCUCCAACAUACAGUCAAGUGUCCAGUCCCGGAGGUGCCCCGCCUCCCUACACACCUACAGCUACGUAUUCUUACCAGCCACCAACACUAGUUGGUCCACACUACGCAGCUCCACAGCCUACGUAUCCAUCGUCAGUAUCACAGUAUACGCCUCAGUAUAACCCGUCCCCUGUUAUUCACCAUACAACAGUAGUACAACAACCUGUAAGGACAGUGUAUGGACAAGAGAGCCCAUAUGAAGGUAGUCACAUGGCUGGUGGCAUGUCUGCAAGUUCAGCACUCAGUAUGGUUGCCAUGCAAAGACCAGGCGGAUACUCAUCACCAUACCACCCUAACCCCUAUCAGCCAAGACUCGGAUACCACUGGUGGCAGGUACAGGGAGCAGGGAGUAAAUCUUACAAAGAUCAUUAAUUCUCAACGGAAGAAGAAAUGCAUAAAUCCUCUGAAAGAGGUGAAAAAGACAAAAUGAUAUAGACUUUCCUUAGAGGGUGUUUUUAACAUUUCCAUCAAGCCUAUCAAAUUUCAGAAGUUUUCUUGAGUUUUAUCUAUGUGCUUGAGAUGUCUAAAUUAUCAGAAUGAGGCUUGUUGGAAUUAGAUGGCGCCCUCUAUGGAUGAAAGCAAUCAGAACAUUUUGAAGACUUUUGUUUAUGUAUUUCACUUUACUUUCAUUUUGAAAACUACCUGGGGGUACGGGGGUUUACAAAGACUAGUCAUUUUAAAGCUUUUCUGCUGUUUUUGGUAAUGUAUAUUCAAUACAUCCACUGCAGCUCAAACUUAGAAAAACAACUUGACGAAAAGGCUUAUAAUGUUUAUUUAUUUUUGUUGUUAUAAUUGUUAUUUAGUGAACUUGUUGUUGUGCUUGCAGAAUAGUCAGAGAAACAAGCCUGUUCCUGUAGUGUAGCAGAAAAUAAUGCCCUUUGUGAAAUUGCUAUAGAACGGUGUCAUUGAUUCAAUUGUAGUUUGAAUUAUAAAAGUAAAUUGAUAUUGAAAACAAAAUCAACCUUAAAACAUCAAGCAGUUCAAGUGUGACAACAAAGCUGUCUUCUUCCUCAUGGAACUUUGCUUUGGUUUGAUUAUUGCUUCUCUGACUAUUCAAGUAAAAUCUAACAAGUCAUUGUUUUUUUUAUUCCGUAUCAUCUAGAUCUUCCACAGACUGCCACCUAUAGUUUGCCAAAGGAAAUGUUCAUUGUAAAAGCGCCAUAGUCAUUGUGCAACACAUUCACAUCUCAUGUAAACAAACCCUUAUUUUCACAUGUGUUGUACCGGGUAUAUGCCACACGAUAUCCAUAUUGACAUGGCCCGACAAGUGUCGCUAAAAAAUUGUGUAAGCUAUGAAUCGUUUUUGGGGCUUGCCUGUAUUGAAGGUAAAGUCAUUGUAGUGGGAAAAUGUCUGAAAUCAUCACCUCCUUGGCUGAUCUAAUACUGUCAGAGUACUCUUAGACUCGCCACUGAGGUUGCAGUGAUGGACGUCUUUCAUGUCCACAUGACCUUGUGCUGAAAGAAGUGGGUAAUAAUAUUUCAGACAUUUUCAUGACUUCACUCUGCCGCAUAGUAUACACCAUGUCCAUAUAUAAAAGUUGUUAUUUUCAUUGUUUUCACAAUUUUGUUUUUUUUCUUCCAAUUCAGAAGUCUUGUGAGACUCAAAAAGAGGCUUUAACAGUCCAUUUUAUGUAUGUUGGUUCUCAACUUACAUGUAUGGAUUCAGGUUUAGAGAGUUGAUUACACAUAAUGUCGCUAUUGGUAUGUGGAUUUGGUCAUUUUAAUCUGUAUUACCUGUUUGGAUUCAUACUAAAACUAUUUGCAACACACAAAAUCAUAUUCUUUCUUUGGAAUAAUGAACUAGGUACUUUAACUUAUUAAUACUUAUACCAGUAUUUUAAGUGCAGGCAUAUUCAUCAAACGAGUACUUCAGUUUUCUUUUUAAUGUGUCACAAAAAGUAUUAUUUCCAGUUAAUGAUGAGUCUCAACCUGGUGUUAAGCAGUAACAUUGAACAAAAAUGCUGAAAAACACAUGCAAUUAUUGUUAUUAAGUUUAAGAUUUGCUUCUUUGUGCUAAAUAAGAAAAAAAGUGACUCUGAUCAAUUAAGUCAAUAUUACUAGAACAAAAUUGUGAUAAUAACAAAUCCAAGGUAAGAAACAAAAAAUGGUUUAUCAAGUCGAUGUGAUAUAAUUUUAAAUUGGGAGACCAGUGUUAAUGUUAUGUUGUCUACUUGAAUCCUACGGUCACAAUGUUUGGCACAGCUGUAAGUAAAAGCUUAAUUUAAAUUUUGGUCUCAGUUUGUGAGCCUGACAAUCAAAACUCAAUGUUGUGUGUUGAAUGUGUGACUGAAACAAAAUCAAGGUUCAAAUUCGAAUUGGAGCAGUUUAACCCUUACUGUGAAACAAAGGAAUAUCAUCACUUUGCCAAAGAGGGCACUAUACUGUUUCAAUUUCUGUGAAGUUUUAUUUUUUAGAGUGCUGGUUUUUACUGUUUUUCAAAGCAGGGUUCAUAGAUUGGAGUCAAAGAACAAAGGCUCUUUGCAGGGAGUAUCCUAAAACCACUACAUAAGAAAUCUCAACAAAUUGCCUGAGAUACUAAAUGCCAUAAAAUCUAUUCUGAUCCUAAAUUGGAGAGCCAUAUUUUGUAUCACAUCGGCUUUACGCAAGGCAACUGGUUCUGGCAUUUCCUGCAAAUUGCAAGUACUCCACACAGGCUGAUGUAGAAUCUUUUUCAUUUAAGAAUAGAUAUGUAUUUUAUAGUUUUAUAGCUGAUAGGCUGAUGUUAAAUUAUUGAACACUUGUUGUACAAGUGUUUGAUUCCAUUGGUGAACUUUGAUCUAUUUAAGUACUUUUACAAGGUUAGAUAUUCAAAUGAGUUGACAUGACCAAGUUAGUCGUGUGAUAACAUUGCACUUCUAAUAUUUAAGAAUUAUCAAAUCGUUGUUUUGAAAAAAAGUUGAUGUGUUCUGUAAUUUAAUUUUUUCAUCAGAGUACAUCAUGUGGAAGCCUUAUAAAGGCACCUACUAUUGACAGAUUAAGGACGGUUAACUUGUUCAGAAUUUUUUCUGUGAGCUGUUUUCAUGACAUAAUCAGGCUGUACAAAACUGGUGCCAUCUAUGUGUCUCCAUUGCUGAACUGUGUUUUUUUUAUUUUCAUGAUUUGUGAAAAUAUGUUGCAUUUCAUUCAUAACAAAUUUUCACUCCCCUCAAAAAAAACGAAAUUAAGAAAACAUUUGAUAAAAAAAAUAGGUUGUGAUAAUGUAAAUGAAACCAAUGGAGGAUUUCUUAUUUUUAGCUUGUUGAAACACAGAUGUAUCUUUUGGAUGUUAUUGGUUCUGACACAUUUGCAAUAUUUACCUAGUAUUGUAUUCAGAUUUAAUAAAAGGAUGAAUGUUCACGGGCCAA